AUGCAAAUUUUCGUCAAGACUUUAACUGGUAAAACUAUCACUUUGGAAGUUGAAUCUUCUGACACCAUUGAUAACGUCAAAUCCAAAAUCCAAGAUAAAGAAGGUAUCCCACCAGAUCAACAAAGAUUGAUUUUCGCUGGUAAACAAUUAGAAGACGGUAGAACCUUGUCUGACUACAACAUUCAAAAAGAAUCUACUUUGCACUUGGUCUUGAGAUUGAGAGGUGGUAUGCAAAUUUUCGUUAAAACUUUAACUGGUAAAACUAUUACCUUAGAAGUCGAAUCUUCUGACACCAUUGAUAACGUCAAAUCCAAAAUCCAAGAUAAAGAAGGUAUUCCACCAGAUCAACAAAGAUUGAUUUUUGCUGGUAAACAAUUAGAAGACGGUAGAACCUUGUCUGACUACAACAUUCAAAAAGAAUCUACUUUGCACUUGGUCUUGAGAUUGAGAGGUGGUAUGCAAAUUUUCGUUAAAACUUUAACUGGUAAAACUAUUACCUUAGAAGUCGAAUCUUCUGACACCAUUGAUAACGUCAAAUCCAAAAUCCAAGAUAAAGAAGGUAUUCCACCAGAUCAACAAAGAUUGAUUUUUGCUGGUAAACAAUUAGAAGACGGUAGAACCUUGUCUGACUACAACAUUCAAAAAGAAUCUACUUUGCACUUGGUCUUGAGAUUGAGAGGUGGUAUGCAAAUUUUCGUCAAGACUUUAACUGGUAAAACUAUUACCUUAGAAGUCGAAUCUUCUGACACCAUUGAUAACGUCAAAUCCAAAAUCCAAGAUAAAGAAGGUAUUCCACCAGAUCAACAAAGAUUGAUUUUCGCUGGUAAACAAUUAGAAGACGGUAGAACCUUGUCUGACUACAACAUUUCAAAAAAGAAUCUACUUUGCACUUGGUCUUGA